CUCCGAACCUGUCGCUCAGGUUCCACCUCGCCCCGUCCGGCCCGCCCCGCCCCGCCGCGCGUCCCGCCCGUCCGCGGACACCGAGCGCGGCGGCCCAGGCGCGGACAGACUGGGACGGCGGCGGACGCGGGGCCGAGGGACCUUCGCGGGCAGCAGCUGUGAGCAGGGCCCCGGGCUCCAGACUGCACCGGGCUGAGGUCUGCGCCGCCGGCCACCGCCUCUGAGAACCGAGGACGCCAUGAGCCACUCAGGGUCCGUGAGCUGCUGCCCGGGUGCCACCAAUGGCAGCCUGGGCCGGGCCGAUGGCGUGGCCAAGAUGAGUGCCAAGGACCUGUUUGAGCAGAGGAAGAAAUACUCCAACUCCAACGUCAUCAUGCAGGAGACCUCCCAGUACCACGUGCAGCACCUGGCCACGUUUAUCAUGGACAAGAGCGAGGCCAUCGCGUCCGUGGACGACGCCAUCCGCAAGCUGGUGCAGCUGAGCUCCAAGGACAAGAUCUGGACGCAGGAGAUGCUUCUGCAGGUGGACGACCGCUGCGUGCGGCUGCUGGACGUGGAGUCCCAGGAGGAGCUGGAGAACUUCCCGCUGGCCACCGUGCAGCUCAGCCAGACGGUGCUGAACCAGCUGCGCUACGCGUCCGUGCUGCUGCUCGUGUGCCAGGACCCCGAGCAGACCAAGCCCGACGUCCACUUCUUCCACUGCGACGAGGUGGAGGCGGAGCUGGUGCACGAGGACAUCGAGAGCGCGCUGGCCGACUGCCGGCUGGGCAAGAAGACGCGGCCGCAGACCCUCAAGGGCCACCAGGAGAAGAUUCGGCAGCGGCAGUCGAUCCUGCCCCCUCCCCAGGGCCCGGCCCCCGUGCCCUUCCAGCGCCUCGGCAGGGACUCGGCUCAGGCCAGGAACCGCGUGGGGGCCUGGGCGCCCGCCGGCGAGCCAGGCUUCUGCCGCCAGGACUCGCAGGACGAGGAGCCCCGGGCCGCCCUGGCGCAGAAGAUCGAGAAGGAGACGCAAAUCCUCAACUGCGCCCUGGACGACAUCGAGUGGUUCGUGGCGCGGCUGCAGAAGGCGGCCGAGGCGUUCAAGCAGCUGAACCAACGCAAGAAGGGCAAGAAGAAGGCCCGCAAGGGGCCGGCAGAGGGCGUUCUCACACUGCGGGCGCGGCCGCCAUCCGAGAGCGAGUUUGUGGACUGCUUCCAGAAGACCAAGCUGGCGCUCAACCUGCUGGCCAAGCUGCGGAAGCACAUCCAGAACCCCAGUGCAGCGGAGCUCGUGCACUUCCUCUUCGGGCCUCUGGACCUGAUCGUGAACACCUGCGGGGGCCCCGACAUUGCCCGCUCCGUGUCCAGCCCCCUGCUGUCCAGGGACGCCGUGGGCUUCCUGCGCGGCCACCUGGUGCCCAAAGAGAUGGCACUGUGGGAGUCGCUGGGGGAGACCUGGACAAGGCCCCGCGCUGAGUGGCCACGGGAGCCGCAGGUGCUCCUCUACGUGCCCAGGUUCCACAGCGGCUGGGAGCCGCCCCUGGACGUGCUGCAGGAGGCCCCCUGGGAGGUGGAGGGCCUGGCCCCGGCCCCAGAUGCUGAGCUGACUCCAGGGAGCCGACUGUCCUUCCGCAACUCCCUGAAGCACGGCCUUGCCCCUGAGGCCACGCCCCCGGGGGAGGCCCUGUUGGCCGCUGGCCCCACACACGGUCACAGGGGCCACCAGCCCACGCCGGCCAUGGCGAAGUACGUCAGGAUCCUCUACGACUUCACCGCCCGCAACGCCAAUGAGCUGUCCGUGCUCAAGGAUGAGGUCCUGGAGGUGCUGGAGGACGGCCGGCAGUGGUGGAAGCUGUGCAACCGCAGUGGCCAGGCCGGCUACGUGCCCUGCAACAUCCUGGCCGAAGCCCGGCCCGAGGACGCGGCCGGCCCGCUCGAGGCUGGACAGAAGUACUGGGGUCCAGCCAGCCCGACCCACAAGCUGCCCCCGAGCUUUGCGGGGAACAAAGACGAGCUCAUCCACCACAUGGACGAGGUCAACGACGAGCUGGUGCGCAAAAUCAACCACAUCCGCGCGCAGCCGCCGCGCCAGCCCCGCGCCGAGCGCAGCGCCCCCGCGCACCCACCGCUCAGCUUCGACUCCGGCCCGGAAGAGGUCCGCGCCUGGCUGGAAGCCAAGGCCUUUAGCGCACGAAUCGUGGAGAACCUGGGCAUCCUGACGGGCCCGCAGCUCUUCUCGCUCAACAAGGACGAGCUGAGGAAGGUGUGCGGGGAGGAGGGCGCCCGCGUGUACAGCCAGCUCACGGUGCAGAAGGCCGUGCUGGAGAAGCAGCAGAGCGGGUCGGAGUUGGAGGAGCUCAUGAGCAAGUUCCAUUCCAAGAACCAGCGGCGGGACGCCAGCUAGACGCCUGUGGCGUGGGGCGCGCGUCUGCAGGGGCUGAGCCGUGCGGGCCGUGCGCGCUGCGCGGUUUCCGCACGUGUAUUUCCGACCAAGGACGCGGAUGGGGCGCGGUGCCCAGCCGGGCUCUGCCCCUGGCCGAGGGCCUGCAGGCGAUGUACCUCCCGCCCAGCGACACCCGUGGGCAGCGACUCUGCCACCCCAGCCCCAGCCCAGUCCACGGCGGGCCUCAGCCAAAGCUGCCGCUGGGCGGUGCCAGCCCCUGCAGACCACAGAAUCCCCGGAGGUGGGGGGUUCUUCCUGUGGCCUCCCCUGUGGAUGUGCCCUUGCACCCCGGCCAGCAGCAGCCGGGGCAGAGGCUCCCGGACAGGACUUGGGCGCAGAGUGGGGUGGGGUGCACACCGAGCCCCGAGCCCCUUAAAGGACCGAGGAUGGACUGGACACAAGUCCUUUCCUCGGAGCCCGUCCCUCCCCGCAGAGCCCGGAGCCUGCUCUGACGCGGCCCCAGGCCACAGGGCCCUGUCCUUGGCGGCUGGCUGGUGUGCCCGCCCCGGGCGCUGCGGGGGCUCCCUGUCAUUAAACCGUCAGCUUCCCGGCA